CAACAAUGUGUGUGCUACCAUUCAAAUAGAAGAAGUUCGAAAAAAGGUGAUGAAUAUGGAGUCCAAGACUAGUGCAUCUGAAACUAGAGCAUAUGCUUCUAAUCACAGGCAAGCUGAAGCUAAAGUGUACAAAGGCAAGAGACCUGACUUGAAGUGCAGCUACUGUGAGGGAAUUGGACAUGUUAGGGAUAGAUGUUGGAUUCUCCAUCCUGAACAGAAGCCAAAGUUUUUGAAGGAAGGCAAAGGUUCUCAAAAGAGUUGGAAUCCACCAAAGGCAAACCUAGCAGCAACUUCUUCUACUCCUUCUGAGGGUAGGCUAAACUUCACCGCCAAUCCCACUACUUUAAUCAAUGAAUUUGUUGCUUAUCUAAGCAAGAAGCAGAUGCAUAGUAGCAGUGAAGAAAAAGACAUUUCUGGGAUUGAAGGCCACACUGCACUCCUUGGAAAAUUUGCUGGCUUUCUUGUAGAGACUGAUUGUGUUCCACAUGAAGAAGCUUCAGGAUCUCAUCACCAAGAAGACGAUUGGUGAGGGUUUCUUUUUGAAUGGUCUCUAUUAUCUGUCCAAGAAUCCUUUUGUUUCCAAAGCUUUCCAAGUCAGUCCAAGAUCAGCACAAGAGCAUCAUUUGUGGCAUCAACGCUUGGCUCAUCCUUCAGAGAAAGUGUUGUCUUUUUUGUUUCCAAAUUUGUGCAAAGCAGACAAUCAAUGUGAUGUCUGUCAUCUGUCAAAAUCCUCUAGGUUGCCUUUUACUUCCUCUCUUUCUAGAGCUAGUAAUCCUUUUGAAAUCGUUCAUUCAGACAUUUGGGGUCCAGUUCUUGAAUCCUAUGAUGGAUUUAAGUAUUUUGUAACAUUUGUAGAU